AGGUUUAUUUUCUCACAGUCAAGUUAAGACCCCCCACCUCCAUCCACUCCGCCCACCCACUUAAAAACUCAGGUUCUCCUGCUGCUGGAGAAGUUCUGAAGGUGCCAUGGCUGAGCUGCAGACUCCAAAGCAGGUCAGUGUUGAGCUCCAUCAGCUGGUCUCGGAUCGGAACCAGCAGCUUGAGUGGCAGAAAGAGACGUGCCACUCGAGUGAGGGGGUGGGGCUUGACGUGGCGUCCCUGUGUUUGAUCCACAGCAUCUUCAAACGGGGUGCAGUGAUCCUGGACAUGGAGGAGAGCUCAGUGGGCGGAGUUUUCUCACAGCUGGCGGAUCACGUGGCAUCAACACCUGAAGGCCGCAAAAGGAUUCUGAACGUCCUAAUGCGUCCGCACAGAUACAAGCAUGAGUCGGAGUCCGGCAACCACAGGGUCGACCGGAACCAGGUGGCCCCGCCCACAGCUGUGAGGGACUCGUGCACGGGCGCAAUCGUCCUCACAGGCAGAGUGGACUUCUUGGACACGCCUGCUGCGGCGUUCGUGCGUCUGAAAGAAGCCGUCACUCUGGAGUCCUUGCUGAACGUCCCUGUCCGAUUUCUGAUCCUGCUGCUGGCUCCCUCUACUGCCACGGUAGACCCUCAGCAGCUGGGACGCUGCGUCAGCACUCUGGUGUCAGACCAGGAAUUUUUGGGGGCACUAGUCCAAGCUCAGGACCAGGAGGACCUGAUCGAGGCCAUUACUGGCUUUCUGGUCACACCCCCGGCCGAAGACCCUCUGAGACUCCCCGAUUGUGGGACACCAUCUAAACUGGAUCAUGAUCUCCUCAGCCGGUCCGGUCGUGUGUUUGGCGGCCUGGUUAGUGAUGUCACCCGACGGUACCCUCAGUACCUGAGCGACAUCAAAGACGCACUAAACCCGCAGUGUUUGGCUGCCGUCUUGUUCAUCUACUUUGCUGCACUGGCACCUGCGGUCACCUUCGGCGGUCUUCUGGGUGAGAAGACCGGUGGCCUGAUAGGCGUGUCUGAGCUGAUCAUUGCGACAUCGGUCCAGGGCCUGGUCUUCAGUCUGCUGGGGGCGCAGCCUCUGCUGGUGAUCGGGUUCUCCGGACCACUGCUGGUGUUCGAGGAGGCUUUCUUCACUUUUUGUGAGCAGAUUGGUGUGGAGUACCUGACAGGUCGGGUCUGGAUCGGGUUCUGGCUGAUUCUGAUUGUUGUCCUGACGGUGGCCCUGGAGGGAAGCGUUCUGGUCCGCUUCCUGUCUCGCUUCACUCAAGAGAUCUUCUCCUUCCUCAUCUCCCUCAUCUUCAUCUAUGAGACCUUUGCAAAGCUGGCCAAGAUCUUCAAAGAAAAUCCUCUCUGUUGCUACGUAAACAACACAGCAACUUUGUUGCCAGGCAACACGACAGGGGCCCACCUAAGGGUCAAUGAAGACCCCAACAUUGCGCUGAUGUCACUGGUCCUCAUGGGCGGAACGUUCCUGAUGGCCUGCUACCUGAGGAAGUUCAGGAACAGCAGCUUCUUUCCAGGACGGGUCAGUACCACCAUUCACACACACACACGUACACGCACACUGAGGCUGUCUGUUGUGCUGCAGCUGCGACGGGUCAUUGGGGACUUCGGGGUUCCAAUCUCAAUCCUGGUCAUGGUUCUGGCGGACGUGGCGUCGGGAGACACGUACACGCAGAAACUGCGGGUUCCGUCUGGGUUGUCGGUGUCCACUCCCGAGAAGCGGGGCUGGUUGGUGUCUCCUCUGGGCUCCGAGCGGCACUUCCCACCCUGGAUGAUGUUUGCUAGCUUCCUGCCUGCAGUCCUUGUCUUCAUCCUUCUCUUCAUGGAGUCCCAGAUCACAGCUCUGAUCGUCAGUAAGAAGGAGCGGAUGCUGAGGAAGGGGACGGGCUUCCACCUAGACCUGCUCAUCAUUGUUCUAGUUGGGGGAGUCUCAGCGCUCUUCGGAUUACCCUGGCUGUCCGCUGCCACGGUCCGCUCAGUCACGCACACCAACGCCCUGACUGUGAUGAGCAAGGCUGUGAGCAGUGGCGACCCGGCCCAUAUCCAGGAGGUCAAGGAGCAGAGGGUGACUGGGUUCCUGGUGGCGCUUUUAGUGGGACUUUCUGUGGUCGCCGGGAAGCUGCUGGGUCAGAUCCCCCUUGCAGUUCUGUUCGGAAUCUUCCUCUACAUGGGUGUGAUGUCUCUGACUGGAGUCCAGCUGACCGAGCGGCUGAUUCUGCUUCUGAUGCCGCCAAAGUACCAUCCAAACCGUGGCUACGUUCGUGGCGUGAGGAUGAUGAGGAUGCACCUCUUCACUGUGGUCCAGCUGCUCUGUCUGACUGUGCUCUGGGUUGUCAUGGCAACAGCGGCGGCGCUCUCCUUCCCUUUCGUGCUGCUCCUCACUGUCCCACUGCGGCGGCUGCUGCUGCCGCGGAUCUUCUCGGCCACAGAGCUGCGCUAUGUGAGUACCGCCGGUGUGACGCUACCUGUCAUUGCAACCAGCCAUGACCUCUGACCUCUCCCUAUCUGCAGCUGGAUGCUGAUGAUGCGGUGCCCGUGGAGGUGGAGGGGCCAGUGUGAGCUGCAUCACUGGUUCUUUCCCCAUGUUUUUUUUCAGUCAGUGACUCUUUUUCUUUAUGUGGUGCUCAGGUGUGAGUUUACAGCAUCACACACCUGAACUCACCUGACCGCCCUCGACUCAC